AUGACCUUCCUGGCUGUAGAUGCACCUGUCUGCAACCUGUCACACACGCAACUUCUAAAAUUAUUUCUCAUCUUUGCUGUAUCUGCACACCGCACAGUUCACUUGGGUUGGCAUGACGCUAGUACUUAUGACAAGAACAUUAGCGAGUGGCCCAAGUGUGGUGGAGCUAAUGGUAGCUUGAGGUUUGAAAUUGAGUUAAAGCAUGCGGCUAAUGCUGGUCUUGUGAAUGCUUUGAAGCUUAUUGAAGCCAUCAAGGACAAAUAUAGAAGUGUUACUUAUGCGGAUCUGUUUCAGCUUGCCAGUGCUACAGCCGUUGAGGAAGCUGGUGGCCCCAGAAUCCCCAUGAUCUAUGGAAGGGUUGAUGUUUCUGCCCCUGAACAAUGCCCACCAGAGGGGAGACUCCCUGGUUAGUAAUUAGUAUCCAUAGCCCAGCUU